GCAGUGUUGCCUCUUUUUUCUCACAUUAACUGCAGGCAUCAGUUUAGGAGUAAACCACACGUCGGGAAUAGGCUACAGUGCUUUUACGUGACCGAGGACCGUUUUUCUUUGGGGUUUCGCGUGUUUUACUCCUUUUCUUUGAAGUCUUUUGUUCUUUACCGUUACGAAUAUGAAGGAAAGGAGAAAUACGCAGCCGUUGGUGGUGAGAUGUAAACUGGUUCUUGUUGGCGAUGUUCAAUGCGGAAAAACGGCGAUUUUGCAAGUCCUCGCGAAGGAUUGCUAUCCAGAGACUUAUGUGCCCACGGUGUUUGAGAACUACACCGCGUGUCUGGAACUGGAGGAACAGCGCGUCGAGCUCAGUCUGUGGGACACAUCAGGUUCUCCCUACUAUGACAACGUGAGGCCUCUCUGUUAUAGUGACUCUGACGCAGUGCUCCUUUGUUUCGACAUCAGCCGCCCAGACAUUUUCGACUGUGGGCUUAAGAAGUGGAAGACAGAGAUCCUAGAUUUCUGCCCCAGCACACGCAUUCUUCUAAUUGGCUGUAAGACCGACCUGCGCACUGACGUCUGCACCCUGAUGGAGCUGUCCAAUCAGAAACAGGUCCCCAUCACCCAUGAGCAGGGUUCCUCUAUGGCCAAGCAGCUAGGCGCUGAGACCUACCUGGAGUGUUCAGCAUUCACCUCAGAGAAGAGUAUCCACAGUGUGUUCCGGACGGCCGCUCUUGCUUGCAUCAACAAGCUCCAGCCGCUCCCCAAGACCAGCCCCACCCGACGUCUCUCGAAGAGACUCCUCCACCUCCCCAGCCGCUCCGAGCUUCUCUCCUCUACCUUCAAGAAGGAGAAGACCAAGAGCUGCUCCGUCAUGUGAGUGGAGACCCAGGGCGGGGGGUGUCACUCCCCUCCCACACGCUGCUCCGAUUCCCCAGAACCCCUGACUGUUUGGUUCGGGGAAGGGGGGGUGUUUCAUCACGAUGGCUUAAUCAAGAGUUGGCUCUUCUUCCAUGUUGAAUUCUUCCUCACCCCCCCUCAAAGUGAAAUCAAUUCAGAACAAGUGGACACCUUGUCCACUUUGUCCUGAAAUACUCUUCAGUGCAUAUAUCAUAUUUUUCAGUACUGUAUC